GAUGCGCGGGAUAUGUUUUAUUCUGCAUGUUGACGAAUAUUUAACGACGUAUGGAUGUAAUACGAUAGAUGAGACGGUCAUGUGUUCAAAAUAAGAUGAAAGUCGUUUUCAGACUGAACAGAAGCUUUAAAAGUCAUGUCUGUGUGAGAUGAUGCUGAAACUAACCAAAAGAUCAGAACAAACAUCAGAUGUCUUCUCGUAUUGAUCCACUGCACGCGCUUCAAUGACUAAUUUGAGCUGUUUUGGACGUCCCCGCAGACGAACGGUUCCUGAGAAUGGAGGCGGUGGAAGUGAUCUGCUCGGGGUUCCUCUACACUCCAGAGUGAACGGCUGGUCUCUGCCGCUCCACGCGUUCCAGCUCAUCGCCUGGCUCAUCUACAGCUUCAUGGCCAUCGUCACUUUCGGGAUCUAUAUUCCUCUUCUUCCUCCGCCAUGGAGCUUUGCAGCGUACACUUUUAUCGGCACUGCGUUUCUUCUCCAUCUGUUAACUCACGUGGCGGCCGUCACAACCGAUCCGGCGGAAGUCAGCGUCCGCAGCAGGAAGGAUUACUCCAGCCCCAUGCCCGUGUUUGACAACACCAAACACAAACAUGUCAUUGAUCAUCUGCACUGCACCCUCUGUGAGGUGGAUGUGGGACCCAAAGCCAAACACUGCAGCACCUGCAACAAAUGCGUCGCAGACUUUGACCAUCACUGCAAAUGGCUGAACAACUGCGUCGGAGGCAGAAACUACUGGUUUUUCUUCGUGGCUAUCUCCUCGGCUGUGUUGGGAACGUGUCUGAUUAUUCUGGUCGUGUUGUUCGUCUUCAUCGCACACUACGUGAACCCGGCGCUUCUGCGCACUGCUCCACAGUUUCAGACUGUUAAAGGGAAUGGAACGUGGCUGGUUUUUCUUCCGGCCGCUCCGUUGGAAACCAGCUCCAUUAGUCUGAUGGCGUUGGCCUUCAUCAGCAUCAUGUUGGCUCUGGCUUCUCUCUUACUGCUCUGUCACUUAUUGUGCUUCCAUAUUUACUUACUGUCUCAGGGUAUAAGCACAUAUGAGUACAUCGUGAGGAAGCGUCAUUCACCAAACCCUAAAGAAAAAGAGCAGAAAGUUCCUGCAGCGGCUUCUAAUGGAACCAGCACACAGAGUCUCGGGCCGUUGAAAUCACCGGUCGACUGUGAAGCUCCGUUGAGCAAGUCUUGUACCUUCAAACUGGGAGACAGAAGACAAGCGUCCAGUCGACUGCCAGAACCCAUCUGUGCCGACUCCGAGAUGGAGGCAGCCAGCAGAGAAAGACACACAGACUACAGCUCAGAGUCACCAACACAAAUGAUUCCAGGUGAGCCUAUGAUGUCACUUCCUGUGGGCUGGAACCUCAGCGGGGUGGAGAAGCCUCAAGGGGCGGGACAGAGCGGUGUGACGAGUGUGGAGGGAAUCCCUGUCGUUCAGGACCCGCUGGGAAGCUCCAUCAUGGACACAACAGUAGUUCAUCAGCAGCUCAUGACUGACACGCAGCACACUCAGUGUUCAGGGUUUAAAGAGACCAUGUGAUUGGCUGAAAGAUGCAGGAUAUGACAUCAUGGAUGUCCAGAGAGCAAUGAGAAGCACAGUGAAAUGCUGUUGAUUGUUACGCAAGAAUAAAAGACAAAAUGAUGCUGCAAGUAGUGUGUACUUUGCAGUGUAUACUGGGUAGUGAGCUGGAAAUCCAAUUUUGAGAAGAUAUUCAGUGCUGAGCAGCAACACGACUGAAGUAUGUUUGAUAAACAACAAUUUCAGGUGUUUCUAUUUCUGGAAUAUAUGUUGCACGCAUAGUUUUAUUUUAAAGCAAACUGUUGAUAACUCAAAGUUUAAAUGCAGGUCACUUACUGUCAGUUUGUUGUACUAGUUUUUUAUAUAUUUUAAAAUCAACACUCGUAAGUGUUUCUUUCAUAUGUGUUAUCACGUGGCUCAUAAAUCACCACGUGAUGAUUUGUCUGAUUAUCUGUCUUACGUUAUGGCUUCAAUCCAAUACAAGCUCACUUAAAGGGACAGUUCACCCAAAAAUGAAAAUUCUGUCAUGAAUGACUGACUCUCUGUUCCAAACCUGCAUAAAUUGGUAUUUGGAAGAAUGCUUGUAACCAAACAGUUCUUGGACCCCAUUGACUACCGUAGUAGGCCCCAGAACUGUUUGCUUUCCUAUACAUUCUUCAAAAUAUCUUAUUUUGUUUUUUUUCUACUGUGGUAGUCAAUGGGUAACAAGUAACAAGCAUUCUUUCAAAUAUCUUUCUCUGUGUUAACCCCAACAAAGAAAUGUAUACAGAUUUGGAACAGCUCCAUUGUGAGUAAAUGAUGACAGAAUUUGUAUUUUUGGGUGAACUGUCCCUUUAAAACCUCAUAUCUUAAGGUGCUGUAUAUUACUGAACGAUCACCAGGGGAUAUUGGAGCACUGUGGGAUUAAUGGGUUUUAUUAUUUAGGGAGACCCGGGUUACUUGUCACAAGCUCAGCAAUAGUGUUUUAAACAAAAGACAGAUCACACAAACACUUGUUUUGUGUUUCGGGUUAAAUUGUUCCGCGCUUUAUAAUUGAUUUACUGUUCAGAUGAUGGUGAAAAGCACACAAUAGACUGUUUAAUACUUGGUUCAAUUGUGACUACUUACCCCAUUGUGUGACUAUCAUUGUGUCUUCAAUAAAUUGUAUGUUUAU